CAGCGAGCCCCGCCUGUGCUAUCCCGCAGGAGGAGGGGGUUGGGGGAAUACAGGGCUCCCCAAGGAGCAGGGCCCGUCCUCACUUGUGUAGCUGGCGCCCAAGGCGGGGUCGUGUCCUGAGAACUCUUUCUCUCCCCUGCUGAUGCUUGGCACGUGUUGGCCACUAUACCCUGCUAGGGAGCUGAGCAGCCGAGGACUGCCCGGAACGGGUGCGUCUCGUAGCGCUUGCUCCCAUGGGGCGCGCUUUCAUCAACGCACCCAGUUGGCGGAAGCGCAUGGCCGCGCCCACUGGGGGAGCGGUGUAGUUGAUGAACCUGUACGCUGGCGAUUUCCUUCCGCCAUAGCCAUGGCUGCCGGGAGGGCGGCUAGGACCGGGCUAAACGGUCUCUUCGCUGUGUACAAACCCCCCGGGGUGGCUUCGAUCAGGGUGCGGGACACAGUGGAGACCCUGCUCCUGAAAGAACUGAACUCUCUGGAACAGCCAGCUGUGCAGCAGCAAGUACGCUUCCUGCCUACCACUGUAGAAGGAAAUGCUGGGAAAGAGCUGACCCUCACAGUUACCCAGUUGCCUGUCCUGGCUGCCCACCCACUAGUUAAAGGACCAGAGUUCACUUACUUGAAAAUUGGAGCAGGUCACCGUCUGGAUACAAAGUCAUCUGGAGUGUUUGUGCUUGGAGUGGGCCAUGGGAACAAGCUGCUCACUGAUAUGUACAACGCCCAUCUUACUAGGGUUUAUACUGUUCGUGGACUGUUUGGCAAAGCCACAGAUGACUUCUCAGACACAGGCAGGCUAAUAGAGAAGACCACAUUUGAUCAUGUCACAAGGGACAAGCUGGAGCGGAUUCUUGCUGUCAUUCAGGGAACCAAUCAUAAAGCUCUGCUGAUGCACUCUAACAUUGACCUGAAAACUCAAGAGGCCUAUGAGCUGGCUGUUGAAGGUUUAAUUCGCCCGAUGGAAAAAACCCCUCCAUUAAUCACAGCAAUUCGAUGCCUCCAAUUUGCACCUCCAGAAUUCCAGCUAGAAAUCCAGUGUUUGCAUGAGACCCAGCAGUACCUCCGAAAGAUAGUUCACGAGAUUGGGUUGGAGCUGAAAUCAACUGCUGUGUGCACCCAGGUGCGGCGGAUACGGGAUGGCUUUUUCACACUUGACAGUGCUCUCCUGCGAACGCACUGGAACCUGCAGAAUAUCCGGAAUUCAAUUCAAGACUCUAAGAUCAAAGUGAAAGUGGGGCUUCAGAGAAGCUUGGGCCACCAAGCUAGGAGUGGUAAAAGACAUACCGAUAUGGAUCAGGUUGCAGAGAGCAAACUGCACAGUACAGAGGGAACGUCUGCAAGCGAUCUGACUCAUAAUGAGAUAACCACACGCUGACUGACAGGUGGAGAGUAAUAGGAAGGGAAAAUGGUGGUUACAGUCCACAACUAGCCCUUCCUUGGGGUGGUCCUCGAUUUUGUAAGGGUUGGUUGUGUUUUCAUUCAGGCAAGGCAUUUCUCCAUUGACAGGCAGAAUAAUUUUUGUAAGUAUUGCACAACACUGCAGCAAAACUGUUGAUAGCUGAGAUGAGUGUACAUUUCCUUGCAAAGCCAAAACUGCUACUGAUUCAGUGGGAACAUCAGGUUGGUGAGGGAUGUAAGAGCGGGCCCUUCAAUUAGUUUAGAGAUGGGAAUACAACCAGCGUGUUGCAGGCUUUACUUCUUUUAUUCUCUUUAUGCACCUUGUGACAGAGUGUGACCUCAGUGGUUCUUUUCCCAAUUUCAUACAUAUAUAUUUUUUAUUAUGACACUUUCUAUAGAUCAGCCCCAUUUUCAAAUACAUGAAAGGGGUAAAGAUUAAUUGUUCAAACCAAGAAAGGGUUCUGCCUAGGGGAAACUACAAUGUAAGCAACUAAGACUAAAGUAGGGAGGUAAUACUAUUUCUCAUGCAGGGUAACUAAUAUCUGGAGUAGGUUAGUCAGAGAGCCAGUUGAAGCGGGAGAAAGGAGAGAGGCUUAUUAUAGGAAGACUGGAGUAGGAUGUAAAAACAAGAAGUUGGAAUGGGGUGAAUUAAAAUCCAAGGUAAUAUAUUUUAUGGGGAAAGAUGCUAUUAUUUGAUACUCAAAUUUAAGUCAACGGGGCCAAAAGCCCCUGCAUUUUGUUUGCAUGCAUCUAUAGUCCUCCAUCAUUUUAUUUUUUCCUGCCCUUCGGCAAAAUUGUAUGUUACCUUUAAAGAGAAACAGCAAGGGAGUACAGGUUUAGAAUUCACUGAGAUUCCAUUAGUGCUCAUUUAAAGCUACAAAUUACUAUUUUACAUAAACAAUGACAGGUACAUUAGCAAUUAGCUAAUGUAUUUCUAAAAUGUGUAGGGCUCAAAGUGUGAUGCCAAGAUGUACUAAAGGAUUGCAAUCUAAGAUUUUGAUGGAGUGCCAAUCAUUAAUAUCUAGGUUAUGCUUUGCAGUGAGAACUCUCAUCACACGUGGGGGCUCAAAAUUAGGUAACACCCCUCAUUUUAGAUUCUAAAAUAUUUUAAAUAUAAAAGUGAUGGUGCACUGGUUAUUACUAUAGUGAGGAUUACCUUCUCCCCCAUGCUUAGAAAUAUCUUGCAGACACAUGUAUGUUAUUGGCUGAUCUUGCUAGGCCUUACAGUCAACUGGUGGGCAUUUUUGUUUGGAAGUACUGUGAUACCUUUAGAACACUACAUCUGACCAAUUGCAAAAUUUCCAGGCAUGUUCUAGGCAUCAAUUGGCAGAACCCUAUUGAUUUUUGGGAAAAAAUUAGAAAAGCAGAAGGAAAAAUGAGACACAGACUGAGACACCUGCCAUCCAUCAUGACACCUUGAAUGACUUAUCUCCCAGACAGAAGAGAGAGAACGGGAGCGGGAAAAGGAGUCACAGCAGGGAAUCGGCAUGGGCGGGGGGAGGGCAUGAAAGGGGUUGCAGAGAAUCCCUGAAAUAGUAGGGGAUCAGAGGGCAGCACACAGAGUGCUUGUGGGAGAGAAUGGAGAGAUGGAAGGAGCCUCUAAUAUGUGUAAUGAGCUCAGCCUGUGGAGGCAACAAAGUAUGCAAACACCCCCCACCAAAUUUCUACUAUCAAAAGAGAUUCUACCUCUUCCAGACUUGUACAAAGAGGCACAUAUAGGCACAAUUUCUCCUUUGAAAAUGUACCUGGACAGCUGUUAAAAGGUGAGCAGUAACUCUGAUAUCAGCAAUUGCAACCAUGGCAGGGGAGGAAGGAUUUAAAGACUAGUUUACACAGGGCACUGAGGCCUGCUCUACACUAGGAAAUUAAGUAAGUUUAACUACAGCAGUCAGCAUGUGAAAAAUCCACACCCGAGUGGCAUUGUUAAAUUGACCUAAGUCCCCACAUAGACAGCACUAGACUGAUAGAAUUCUGUUGGCCUAGCUUCUCAGGGAGGUGGAUUACCUACACCGAGGGGAGAAUCCUUCCCUGUCAGU